AUGGCUCCUACUCCGCCGCCCUUGACCAAUUCACCUGAAUUGAAUUUGGUCUUAACUGAUGUAACUCCAUCGAAUUAUACAGUAGAAUUUAAAAUUGAUUUGAUUAAAUCAUUGAAAAUCAUCGGUAUUACAAGUGCUGCACUUGCUGCCAUUGGUUUAUCUGUUUAUUAUAUUAAACAACGUUGGAAAUAUGAACAACGAACGAUCUUGAAAGAUGAGGUAAAAACAAUAUUACGUCCAUUUCGAUUAUCCGAUGAACAAAUUCGUAAAGUAAUGGCAAAUUUAAAUACGGAAAUGAGUAAAGGUUUAAAACCAUCAACAGAUAGUGAUUUAAAAAUGUUUCCAACAUAUGUUCAUUCAUUACCAAGUGGACAAGAACAUGGAGAAUAUUUGGUAGUUGAUUUGGGUGGUUCUAAUUUUCGAGUAUCACAUGUGAAUAUUGAAACACGAAAGAAGAUUCGUUUGAUUAAUAAAAUAUUUUUAAUUCCCCAUUCUCUUUUAUUGGGUUAUGGAGAUAAAUUAUUUGAUUAUAUUGCCGAUUGUCUUCAACGUUUUAUGAUCGAUAAUAAAUUGGUCAGUUUUGAAAAUGCAAAAUUCCCGUUAGCCUUCACCUUUUCGUUUCCCUGUCAACAAGAUAGUUUGAAGCAAGCAACAUUAGUCAAUUGGACAAAAGGUUUUAGUUGUACGGGUGUUGUGGGAAAAGAUGUUGUGGUUAUGUUUCAGGAAGCAAUCGAUAGACGAAAAGGUUUGAACGUCGAAGUUGUAGCAUUGGUCAAUGAUACCGUUGGUACUUUAAUGGCCUGUCAUGCAACAUAUCGAGAUUGUCGUGCCGGUGUUAUUCUCGGAACUGGUACAAAUGCAUGUUAUGUUGAAAAUUUAUCGAAUGUUCAGAAAUGGCAAGGUGAUCGUCAAAACUUGAAAGAAGUUAUCAUUAACACCGAAUGGGGAGCAUUUGGAGCAUCUGGUUCUCUCGAUUUUAUUCGUACAGAAAUUGAUAGAGAAUUGGACGAUUCAUCAUUAAAUCCUGCGCAACAAAAAUUUGAAAAAAUGAUCAGUGCUCUAUAUUUGGGUGAAAUUGUGCGUUUAAUUAUUGUUGAUUUGGUACAACGAGGUUUACUAUUUCCGGGACGAAUGCAAAAAAGUCCAAGAAUUAGACCUGAUUAUAACAUAUUUUUAAUAUUAAGAGGCUCAUUUUAUGCAAAACAUGUGUCAGAUAUUGAAAGUGAUAAAUCUGAAGGCUUGUCAUUGACAUCGUCUAUCUUAACUGGUAUUGGUAUUCAUGAGCCAUCCUUUGAUGAUUGCAAGAUAAUACAAGAAGUUUGUAAAACAGUGUCACAACGUGCUAGUUCAUUAGCAGCUGCUGCUAUAGCUGUUCUCAUAAAUCGUUUGAAUGUUUCAUCUGUAACAAUCGCGGUCGAUGGUACAUUAUUUCGUCAUCAUGAUAAAUUUAAAAAGAAUUUAAUCCGUACUAUUGAUCGUCUUGUACAACGAACUUUUAAAUUCGUUAUUAUGGAUGGUUUAUAUAUACCUGAUGGUCGAAAAUUAGCACUCAUCGAUCGUGAUUGGAUACUCGACGAUUUACCGCAUUUAGGUAAUCCAGACGAUAAUCAAGAUUCUCAUCAUUUAUUAGCAACAGCUGCUGCAGCUAACAGUGGUUCCGGUAUUGGCGCUAGUUCAUCGGCAACAUCAGGCACUAGUGGUGCAGGUACAACAAGUGGUACGACUGGUCAUACGGGCAUAAAUCAAGCAACAGGUGGUGGUGCGCAUACAUCAGGUGGACACGCACAAAAUAGUAAUAAUCAUAGUCUUUUAAAUUCACAAGAUGAUUUUGAAGGUGAUUUAACAUUAUUGUCAGAAAUUGUUGACGAAACACAAAACAAGUGGUCCGACUUUGGUUUAAAUCAAUUGUUGACACCGUACGCAAAAUCAUUAACAGCAAAACCAAAAUAG